UGAAAAGCGUGGUAAACAGAUCCUCAGCACCUAGACAUCACCUAAUCCUGCUCAAGAUGCGUGGAUUUCUGUUAAUUUGUUUCUUAGUCUCCGUUUCGGCGGCCAAAUUGGGUUACAAUUACCGGGCUGCGGCAGGCGAUCGCCGUUUUGCUGGACUCAUCGAUGAAGAGGCCACAGGAUUUAGUUCCACUUCCUCGCAGCAUCAACAGACGCAGCACCAACAGACGCAGCAGCAACUGUUGCAGCCUGAGCCGCAACAACAAACACCGGCAGCUGUGGAUGAGUUCAGUAAGGAGUUCUUCACGUACUCUGCCCCGGAGGAGGAGUUCGCCGACCACGAGUCCACGGAGCACAUUGCCAGUAUGCUGAAGCGUAACCUGCGGGUUCUCUUCAUCAAGUCGCCGGAGCACCAGGGCCUGGCCAAUGCAGCCCUCCAGCUGGCCAAGCAGGCCAGUGAGCAGCGCACCGCCAUCUAUGUCCUCAGCAAGCAGGCUGAUGUGGCCCAGCUGGCCCAGAGGAUUCAGAGCGAACAGCAGGCCCAGACCCAAAACCACAAGCCGGAGGUGCACUUUGUCAAGUAUCGCACACCCGAGGACGCGGUGCGAGCCCAGCAGCUCAUCCAGCAGCAGUUUGACGCUUUGGGUGGAAGCUCGCGCAGCUCCGAUGAGGGUGUGGCCCCUGUCCUGGACUUCAGCUCGGCACCAGCAACCGCCGCUGUUGCUGGACAGGAUCAGCAGCAGGCUCAGGGUCUGGCAGCUCCUCUUACAAAGUAUCUGCCAGCGACAGCGCUCCGCAGCAGAUAGUUUAAGUCGUACUUAGAAAACCC